GUUUUUUUCUUAGAACUCCUACCACUGAUCUACUGAAUCCAAGCUGAUGAAGGAAGGUUUAGGAGCAAUUCCUUUCUCCUAACGAAUUAUCCGUUCAACAAGCCUGGAAUGGCGCAUAGCUGCUAAUAAUGCGCCGCUCUAUGCAAAAGCUCGCCACACCUACAAGGCGAGGCUUUCACUUUGGCGCAUCUGCACUCCGGCCUAAGCGGUACUUCCACCAAAGCACCUUCGCUUCCCUGCCCCGGCGGCGCAACUUCUUCACAUCGAACCAGCUAUUGGCAAGCAAUACAAAGGAUGACCAAAUUGUGGCUUCCGAGAGCAUUCGCGAAGCUGCGCAGAAUCAGCAACAGGAUUCAAAGCCACCAACUGCUAAGCGCAAACCGGCCAGAUCAUCCGCGUCCAAGAAUCUGCGUCAUGCUUCCAUGACGAAGAAGUCGAAGCGCAGCGCCGCCGCAGCGAAGAAGCAGGAAGCAGAAAUCGUGGAGGAGGGCGAGAUAGACUACCAGCACAGCAUCAAAGCGGUGUGUGUAGCACAGUCCUUUGACAUGGAUAAGGUAGAAGAAAUCCUGCGGUUCCACGGUUUCGAUAUAGAUCCAGACGGAACCGAUUUCGAUCCAGCCGCCGUAAUACAUGCCAGAGGAAUCAACAACGGUGAUAUAUUCGUCUUCAACUCGGGAACGGUAGUGGCCUGGUCUAUGCCGAUAGACACCGUCAUAAAUAUAGCCUCGAAACAGCUUAUACGGGCUGCUGAGUUCCCGCACGUUGAUCGUCUGGAGCUGGAAGAUUUGGUGUACGCCGAAGACGAGACACGAGACACGAGCUACAUGAAGGGUGAAGAUGUCAUCCUGGGUACCAAAACUGAAGUUACGAACGGCAAUAAAGCCGAGACAACUCUGGCGAAGAUUGCCUUCUCGAGUGGGUUAGCUAGGAGUCCGAAAUUGGCUGUGUUGGAGAACAACAUGAACGACUUCCUGUCCGAGUCAAGAACCAUGGCCAACUCUUUAGCUGGCGGCUCAGGUGUGGUGCUAGACAGGCGGUUGAUCAUGAAAAAGACGGGAGAGUUGUGCUCCUUGAGGUCCCAGCUCAACCACUACUCGGAAUUGACCGACUCGUUACCAGACGCAUUCUGGGAUAAAGAGGCGAGACUUGAGGAGUACUACGAGCGAGUGGGGAACGUUUUGGACGUAAGGUCUCGAAUCGGAGUGUUGAACCGGAAGAUUGAUUACGCCCACGAGCUCGUCUCGAUUUAUCGGGAGAUGACCAGCGAAAGUCAUGGCAUCAAGCUCGAAUGGGUCAUUAUCAUCCUGAUCUCGAUCGAGGUUCUCUUCGAGUUGCGGAGGAUAUUCAUCGUGGAGUCCAAGGAAGAGGCAAGGUGGGAGAAGGAGGAUACUAGGUGGUCGCAAGAAGAUGCGAGGUGGGAGAAAGAAGACGCCCGGUGGGAAAAGGGGGAAGCCAGGCGCGAAGCGCAAGUGAGUAAGAUAUGAUGAAAUCCUACAGUUGCAAACGAAUGUUUGAUAGCUAGCCGUAAUGAUGAUACCCAAAUCCCUUGAGAACACUACUGGUCCAUACAGCGAAGCCACUUCAGAAUAUUCAAUACUUUCAGAGUGCAGUACUCUCUUGAGCCAGCCAAGAGGUUCGCAUAGGCACCUAAGGUACUCUGGCGUUCUCAUCCACCCACCUACGACAAAACGCACGACAAAGUCAAGAGGAUAGGGCGAGAACCAAUACAAUAUUCCUUCUCUAUUUUUCCCCUUGCCUUGUUUUAAAAAAUCAAAAGAUCCGAGGACAACUUCCCGAUCCAAAUGCC